AUGUUUGAAACCGAAAGAAAAAUGGACGCUUGGUGGAACGCAGCGCCCUGUGCACGGGAGGCGGAUAUAAUAAGCCGACCCCCUGAUGCAGCACCCUUGUACGUCAACACCGAUGUACUGCUGCAGCUCCAGAGCACCAACGCGCUCCUGCGCUACUCUUGUGUCCUGAAAGCCUGGUUGCUCAGGACUCCAAGCUCCAGGCCGACCUGGAGGGGCUCUGCGAUUCCUCCGUUUCUGGGCUUGAUGGGCAAACAGCCGCCGCAAGGUCCGUCUCCGGGAAGGAUGUGGGAUCUCCGCGCAGGGUGGCCCUCACAAGACGGUUUCCCCUGCAGAAUCCAUGCAGGACCCAUGCAGGCCGGGCAGGCCUACGCGGUUGGGUGCCUGCAGAACGACUUCACACCAGUAGGUGGACUGGAGGGCGCCCACGUCUUUUCUAGCCACACUCCCACCCGGUCCCUCCUUGAGGGCCCCAUCACCGCCGCCCUGGCGCUUCCCGGGGGCCCUGCUGAGGCCGCCUGCGCCCUAUGCCAGCGCGCGCCCCGCGAGCCAGUGCGUGCCGAUUGCGGCCAUCGCUUCUGCCGGGCGUGCGUGGUGCGAUUCUGGGCCGAGGAGGACGGGCCCUUCCCGUGUCCCGAGUGCGCCGACGACUGCUGGCAGCGCGCGGUGGAGCCCGGCCGUCCGCCGCUCAGCCGCCGCCUCCUGGCACUGGAGGAGGCGGCCGCGGCGCCCGCGCGCGACGGUCCGGCCUCUGAGGCGGCGCUGCAGCUCCUGUGCCGUGCCGACGGGGGCCCUCUGUGCGCCGCUUGCCGCAUGGCCGCGGGGCCCGAGCCGCCCGAGUGGGAGCCCCGCUGGAGGAAGGCGCUGCGCGGCAAGGAGAACAAGGGGUCUGUGGAGAUCAUGAAGAAAGAUCUGAAUGAUGCUCGUGACCUGCAUGGCCAGGCUGAGUCUGCAGCUGCUGUGUGGAAGGGACACGUGAUGGACCGGAGGAAGAAGGCCUUGACUGACUACAAGAAGCUUCGGGCCUUCUUUGCCGAGGAGGAAGGGCGCUUCCUGAAGGAAGCAGAGAAAGAAGAAGGAUCCCCAGAGGAUGAGGAUGAGGACCCGGCGGAGAGGUUCAGGUCUCUGCUGCAGGCUGUGUCGGAGCUGGAAAGGAGGCACCGCAACCUGGGCCUCAGCAUGCUGCUUCAGCCCAAGUUGACUGAUACAAGAGCUUAUGGAAAAAUGUAAAUUCCUGCCUCUUCCCAUGGAACUAGUCUUCAGGGAAGAAAGGAAGAGGGAAGUUCCCAGAAGUAAUGCCAUUGCAGGAAAAUCCAGUCUGCUUGUGGAUCUCCAGGACAAGUCCCUGAACUUGGCAUAAAAAUCCUGAAGUGUUGCACCAGGCCAAAAGUUAGUUGCCCUAGGGAAAGAUGCACAGGCUGGAAUUAUAAGGAAAUUAGACAUUUUAAUUUUAUUUGUGUGACUAUUGCAUGUAGGGCACUGUGCCAAAACUUCUCUAGGCUUCAUAGAGCUUAGAAUUAGAGCAAUGGGCAGACGCAGAAGAAAAGGACCCUGGGGACCAGACUUAACACUGUAGUCUCAGGUAACAUGAGACCGUAGGAGCAGAGGGGGAACAUUGCCCAGCGCACCUAAGUGACUGCAGGACUAACACUUUAAUUAUACAUUUCUCAGUCAAGCAUUUGGACAUAUAUCCUGGCUACAAAUGGGCUUAUAGUUUCCAAAUACAGUUGGACCUAAAACUCUGCUUUGAUGGCUAAGUGAUGUGAACCUGACCAGAAAAGAAUGACCAAGAGUGUAACAGAGCUCUCCUGAGAAACAGAAUGAAGAGGAUAUAUGUGUGUAUGUGUGUGUGUAUGUAUGAUAUAUAUGAUAUACAUAUUACCUGAGAGAGAGACUGAGACAAAAACAAAAAUAGUUAUUUCAAGAGAAUGACUCAUUUGAUUGUGGGGCUGUUAAGUCAAAUCUGCGGGGUAGACCAAUAGGCUGGAGACCCAGGGAAGAGUCCAUGUUGAAGCUCAUGUCCAAAGGCCAUCUGGAGGCAGAAUUCUCCCUUCUUCAGGGAAUGUUAGUCUUUAUCACUAAGGCCUUCAGCUGAUUGGAUGCAUCCCACCCACAUUAUGCAUUCUCAUCUGCUUUACUCAGAGUCUAUUGAUUAAAAUGUAAAUUGUAUUUUUAAAGAAAUACCUUAAUAGCAAAUCUAGACUGAUGUUUGACCAAAUACUUGGGGACUUUGGCCUGGCCAAAUUGACACAUAAAAUAACCAUCACAAGGAGUAAAAUGUCAGCAGGUUAAAAGGCUUCAUUAUCAGAAAGUUGGCAAAGAAGUUACCAUUGAGGCUCAGCGGAAAUGAAUCUGACUAGUAUCCUUGAGGAUUCAUGUUCAUCCUUGGCCUCGCUCAGUGGGUUAAGGACCCCGAAUUGCAGUGAGCUCUGGCGUAGGUCAGAGACAGGGCUCAGAUCUGGCGUUGCUGUGUCUGUAGUAUAGACCAGUGGCUACAGUUCUGAUUCAACCCUUAGCCUGGGAACCUCCAUAAGCAGCAGGUGUGGCCCUAAAAAGACCAAAAAAAAAAAAAGAAGCUGGGAAAAGGAGUGGAUGGAGAAGCUAGACUCAGGUCUCUUUGUCAAAGCUUUCAUUGUUGCCAUGUUCCAUUGUUUCUUCAUUAAAACAAAACAAAACAAAACCCUUUAAAUAAAUAAAUAAAUAAACAAGAAAACAGAAAGAAUUAGAAUCUGAGAGAUUCUACAUGACACUCAUUCUGGAGCAGAAGCCCAGAGACUGGGCUGGAUGCGGGCUCUAUCAUUUGGUUGCCAGUCCCUUGAGAUUUCCUGGAAGGGGCUGGGCCAAGGAGAGAGGUGAAGAGGCCUUUUCCAGGCUCCUAUCUCAUGAACUCAGGUCCACCAGAUCCUGUGGUGCCCAGCCAGGGAGACAGGGCCAGAUCCUAAGCCAGAAUUCAGAGAUGGUCGGCCAAGCUUCCACAGAGGAGCCCUGAGGUCCACAAUAAGUUUGGAAUACCUUUUUCCUGGAGAUGGCUCUCUGCUUCCCCUACUCUACAAGAGCAUGACAAGAUCAUCCUUGUCUAUGGAUUCAUGUGGACACAGAUCAUGAAAUACAAAGACUAUCUAGUCUCUAGCCUAGUCCACACCUCUUCCAUCCCAGCACCUGAUCCUUAUUCCUUCAUCCUAAGCCUCAUCCCACCUCACCCCAGUGAUUUCAACAGAAACCCAUCUGUGCCCAGGCCCUUGCCACUCAUGAUUAUGCCCCUUGGCUCCUUCACCCACUGGUCACUGGACCUGGUCCCCAGGGAGAGGUCAGCACCCCACCCCAAGCCCUGGCCUCUGAAACCCAGUGACCACACAUCAUGCUGUCUUUGCCAUCCACCCAGCCAUUGGUUUUCAGCACAAAUUGCAGCUUCUCCUGUCCUGUUAGCCCUGUCUGCCCUUGGACCUCCCAUCUCCCGGAUCAGAGAUGCCAGCAAAAGCAGGGAGUGAUGAGGCAGACGCUGCACACCUGUAAAAGUAUAGGAAGACUAAGGGUUGGGGGAUGGGGAGGGGCUGAUAGGCAGGUGUACAGCCUCCUUGGAGACCUUACUCUACCAAGAUUCCCUGCCUAGCUGGGGGGGACAGCCAUGAUAAGGGGUCUUCCCAAUCUGAGACUUAGGUUUACAGUGGAGUAUUUGGUUUCUUCAUCCACAAAACCUGCACAAUUUGCCAGCAACAGCAAGAAAGUCAGGCAAGUCUGUAAGAUUCAACAAAGUUAAUUAAGUCUAAUAAGCUGCCAAGGUAGUGGGGACAAGUGAGGCUUCAUCAUAGCCUUGGGCACCUGGGGCAGCUCCUUUUGGCCUGGCCCGAUAUUCUGUCAAAUCCCAAGUUUUCCAAAGUUCCCUUCUGCUCUAGCUCCUUCUAGUAGAUUUCAGGGUCAUCUUCAGAUUGUGCCAGGUGCCAUCAGCAAGCCUGUCCCGCUGAAAACCCUUCCUUGUUCUCUACCUCUUUAUAUUUUGCGCAUUUUUAUAGCACUUAAAAAUUCACCACCUGCUAUUUUACUUGUGAACAAAUUUAAUUCAAUCAUUAAAAUUUUCAUCUAUAGAAUAGAGAAGGCUUUUAAAAAGAUAUUUUUCGGCAUGUUUUGUUUGCUGCCCUGUCCCUGUUGCCUGCUACCUGGAAGAGGUUUAAUGAAUGAAUACAUGAAACGUCAGAGCCUUAAGGUGAUAUUUGCAAAAUCCACUUAGUUUAUAGAUGAGAAAGUGAAGGCCCAGAAAAAUGGAGGGAUUUUCUUGAAGUCACAUAGUCAGUGUUGACUUGGGAUCUUUGAUGGACUCUUAGCUGCCAUGAGGAAAUAGGGAGCUCCAGUCAUGUGCAGGGGAGAGCCGUCCUCUACAGGAUGAGACCCAGGCUUCAUUUCUUUGAUCAUACACAGGGCCUGGAAGACAGGUCUUCAAGAUUGGGUUCUCUCUGCUCACGGCCACUCACCCUCUUCCCCUCUCUUCCAAACUUCUGUCUUGGUAAAAGUGGGGGAAAGCUUACUAACUUCAUGGGACCAUUGUAUGUGAAGUUGCCUUGUAAUGUUCUGAAUAAUUUUGCAGGAUGUGACUUGGGACCAGGGUCCUCUGGGGCAUCUUAACAUCCAAGGGCUAGAACACUAGAGGUUGGAAGCUGAACAUCUUCUGUUUAUAGGGGGGACUGGAGAUGGAGUGAAAGGCUGAAAUAUUGCAAAGGAAAACCACAAAGCUUGUUAGUUUCCAGGCUACCUGCAUAUACUGGAUUCACAACAAAGAUGAGCUACCUUUCUGGCACACUGUCAAGGAGUUUCAUGAAUAAUACUUAGUGUCAAGGAAAACAAGAUUUCCCCCAAAUUAUGAAGUAGACAAAUUGUCUUUUCUGACUUGGUUUAAAGAAGAAUCAGAGGCAGCAGCUUGGUAGCCAAGAUUUCACCUCUUGGCUUAGCUACUCCUGUCUGUACAAGGGCUCCUGCCUGCUCAGCUGCUUGUACAUAAACAGCCUGGAUUUUCCUGCGGCUUACCGAGUGGAAAACCAGCAGAGGGAGGGUGAGUUGACAGCCUCAGAAGUAGCCUGAUUUCUCUCUCCCUCUCACACACUCACACACACACACACACACACACACACACACACACACACACAUUUUUUUUAUAUUUAAUUACUUUUUUGGUUAAAAGCCAACAUUCCUGGCUUCUCAGAACAUCUUGCUCCACAUUACCUCCUAAUAAUUGAUAGGAAGAAGCUAUUUUUAAUCUUGCCUUAGACAACAAAACUUCCAUCUUGAUCUGAUUUGCUACUUCCCUUUUCUUUUUCAAUGGGCCACUGUUUCCCAACUCUAUCAUCCUUUUUUUUCAUGCCCUCUCUGUACUUGCACACAUAUUUCAACUUUUCUGUUUGCCUUGCUAGUACAACAUUCUCUUUUCCAUGGACUAAAGUUUGAUUUGUCUAAGAAAUUUUAUUUUUAACAUCAGCAAACUAUCAGUGCUACAUAUUCAUUGGAAAUGUAGUAUUAUUUAACAUUACAACUCUUUUCUUGUGUGUGUACAAUUUGCAUUAUGAUUAUGCAAAUAACAAUCAUAAUCUGCAUCAUGCUAAUCUCACAGUCCAAUGGGAGGGUGGGGUGUGAAUUGUCACUCAGCAGAAUGAAGAUUUUAAAAGCAAUUACCCUUCCAUUGCAUGGUCCCCAGUAAAGAAUGGAACUUCUGCUCUUCAGAAGAGGCUGCUGCUGUUAGCGCAAGUCCCUGUGCCUGACACACAGUGAGGCCAAACAAAUAAAAAUGUUGGAGUUUGUAACAUAGAAAGGUUUAUUGCAGGGUAUGAAAGGGGAGGGGUGGCCUAUGCCCCCCAAAAUCCCCUAAUCCCUGAACCCAAAUUGCAAAGCAUUUUUAAAGGCAAAGUGAGGGAAGGGCAUGGUUGGUUGUUGCAAAAUUCUUGGUACAGAAAUCGUUUGUUCUUGUAGAUGUCCACAGAGGUCAGGUCAAGAUAUUUCUGUAAACCAUCAGCCAAGAUACAUGUGAUACUUUAGAGAGAAGCUAAAGCAAAGGUUAUGGAGGAAGAGUCUGCUCCAGGAAAGGCCCAUAGGGUCCUGCUCGGUUACACUGCCUCGUGUCUCUAUCAUGUCUAUAAACAACAGGAAACAUUUCAGUGCAGAAUGAAAAGAAAUGUGUGUUGAUAAAAGGGAAAGGAAAGGGAACAGUGUUCCAGGGAUAAAGAAUAGCAUAGGCACAUUUCCUAGUAUUUGUUUAACAAAUAAUAUUAACCCAAUUGAGUCCACUCUCUAGGCACUACAGAGUCCUACUUGAGCUGUGAAUCUCUCUCUAGUAACACAAACCCUCUGAUUACCCUCAUUCCUGGUGGCCUAGAAAUGUCUGCAUACCUCAUUUGCCAAGUCCUAUCAAGGUUGUGCAUUACUGUUUUCCCUAUGAUUUCUUCUUGGUUUCUCACCCGGAGCAUGGCGGUAUCCUUAAAUAUGUUAGGAAAGCUUAGUAUAAAAUAGCCUUUGUUCCCCACCCCUUCUGUGGCAGUCUUCCAGACUUCCUAGGAAGGGCUCCUUGUAAUCAGGGAAAUGACCAGGUACUCAGGUCAGAGAGGGCAAACGUGUACCAGCAGAAGGAAGCGUCACCUAAACUCUCUUUCCUUUCCCAUGCUUGGUUAAGUUUAGAUACAGCCAGGGCCAAGCCCAGCCAUCCAGCUUGCAGGUUGCUCUGCAGGUAGCUUCUUCUCCCUUCCUGCCUGCUGGCAGCUGGAGGAGAAUCCACAGUGUUUGCUUUGAUAGGCCAAUAAAUCACAUGCCUCGGCAGCUGGGUCUCACAUCUUCCUGGCUGCAGAACCUAUACAUCUGAUCUAGAGAAAGACAUUCGUUUUGAAUGGAGUCAGAGUUAGCCCAAGCUACAUUGUCAGUUUCACAAUACAUCUGGAGUUCUCUUAGGUCUGUAUCUGGGGGACAAUUUUCCCAAAGUCUGCAAUAUGUUCUGAUUAUUUGUGGCUUUUCUUUACUAUCAUUAAUGAUUUGCCAACCCAAGUGACUUGAUUUCCUUGAUUUGUAUGAAAACACCUAGUUAUUGGAAUGUAAAAUGUGCCAUAGUGUUGAUUUACAAAAAUCUGUUACUAAUUGGCUCUCUUAUUAUUUUCUUUCUCAUAAAACAUAAUUGCUAUAUGGUUGUCCAACCAUAUGCAAACUUCAUCAGAGUCAUGCCCCCUCAAAUCCCCUCCCUCACACAUGCAUUAGAUACUACUGACAUUGUGACAAAUUCCUCACUAGUGCAUUUUAAGGGGCUGGAUUUCAACAUGAUGUUUAAAUAAUAAAUUCCCCUACUUAGAAGUAUAAAACCCAUUAUAGGUGAUUUUGUGAGCAAAUUUCUAAUUCAAAAUGUGAAAAUAGCUGUAAACAUUGUCCUUGGGUAUGACUUUGGCUUCUGUUUUGCUUUAUUGGCUGAACUAUAGCUUUGGUGGCACCUCCUGUUUUCCAGAGCAGCACUGCUUGGGUGCUGGUCACCUUGGCCUUGAGAGUGAAUGGUGAAAGGUGAACAGACCCCGAAGUCUGCCACCCCAUGAUCCCAUUUUGGACUCCCCUUCUUUCAGUCCACAGGUGGAAUAGGCUGCUUUUGCCUUUAGUGGAUAAACACCAUUUUUAAACUUCGUUUCUACUCCCAUCAAUUUCAUUAGGAUUGUAAAAACCCUAAAUUUUGAUCUAACCAAGUUCAGAUUUGCCACCAUGACCCGUUCUGGCCUGUACAUUCACACUGGCAUGCCAGGGGACUGAGACAGGAGAUGGGCACCACGAUAGAAAUUUACAACUAGUCACUUUUAUGUUUAUAUUUCAAGAUAGAAAUAACAACAGGAACAAGGUAAAUAACUGGAAUUUGUCUCGAACACUUUAAAAAAUGGUAAUGGCAGGGGUAGAGAGGGGCUAAGCCCUGUUUGGGCAAAAGAUCAAGAGGUCACAUACUUCCCAUCCUCAGGAUCAGGGACACCCUAACUCUAUAUGUGCAGAAAGAUGCCUCAGGGUCAUAAAGGGAGCAGGGAUCAGGCCAUAAUAAGUCCUGAUAGCCACCCCCAAACCCUUUGGUCUGGAAUCCAUUUUGGCCAAAAGAUCCGCAUGCAUAUUGGGGAGGGCCCUGGGUCAGGUCGGGUGUGAGAAAUAAAACAAGAUAAUUGGCCAAAGAAAAACAAAGGCCCAGAAGAACUGUCAUAUGUAAGUGAUUCAAAUCACCUCUCUGGCAAGCUCCUCAUUCAAAAUGGAAUCCACAUUACCAACAGAGCUCUCAAAAAUGGAGCCAGAAAGCCACUGAAGAAAUCAAAGGGGAUAUUAAAAAAUACCUAGAGACAAAUGACCACAAAGACGCAAUGAUCCAAAACUUGUGGGAUACAGCAAAAAGUGUUCUAAGGAAAGUUGAUAACAAUACAAGUCUACCUCAGAAAAUAAGAAAAAAUCUUAAAGAAAAAACCUAAACUUACAUCUAAAGCAACUAGAGAAAGAAGAACAAUGUCCCAAGUUAGUAUAAAGAAAGAAAUCAUAAAGAUCAGAGCAGGAAAAAAAAAAAUAGAAAAGAUCAAUGAAACCAAAUUCUUUAUAGAUGCACCUGGACAAAUGAGGGCCAGCAUAAGUUUUUUUUUUUCCCCCAGCUCUGGUCAGACCUUUGCUUCCAAGAAAGGGGGAGCCAAAUGCUUUUACCUCAAUCAAAUCUUGCUUGUGAUGAUUGACCUCCACAAAAUUGGGACGUAAAAAGUCGCCAUAAAUAUCUUCCAUCUUGUGCAAGAAAAAAAAAUAAAAUUGCAAAAAAAAAAAAAA